GAUCGACGUGACAGCAAAUCAGUGACGUCGUGACCAACAUCAGCCUCUUGAUACCCCCCAGAAUUUCCCUGACAGCCGCUGCCCACUCUGUCGUCUCUGCAAGGGUUGUUCCUGGAGGAGGAGGAUGGUUUUGGACCCCUCGCUCAACUCGCAACUCUUGUUCGACCUACACAAGACCGCAGUGGCCGCCCUGGCUUUUUACGUAUGGGAAUACCUUAUCACGUUUGAUGACGAAGUGCGGUACAUCUGGACUAAACCGAGGAAAUGGGUCAAAUUCGUCUUUGUCUUCCUGCGCUACUUUCCGUUCGCAUUAAUCCUGUCCAAUCGCAUCCUUACGGACAAAGUGUUCAAUGGGGCCACCAUCAGCUAUGCCGCUCUCCGGGCGUGGUAUGUCGCGCAGGUCGCAGUCGCCCAUCUGGCCAUGACGGGCGUUGAAAUUAUCAUGAUGACUCGGGUCUACGCUCUCUAUCGGAAUAACCGGUGGAUCGGAUGGGGAUUUGUACUACUAUGGAUCGCGGAGACUGUUGUUGUGCUAGUAGGACUGUUCGUGACGCUCCCGGGGCUCCACUUUAAACCCGAAUUAAUGGCAACGUCGGUGCCCCACUCCUUUGCUUAUCUGGCCAUCUCGGCGCUGGUGUCCCAGGCUAUAAUCCUGGGAUUGACGGUGUAUCGCUAUCGGGCAGGAGAAUGGGCAGGAACCAGUCUAGGGACACUGCUGAUUCGGGAUGGCUCCAUGGUUUAUGUCGCGUUCGCCGCUACGACGGCGUCCGCUUGUAUCUACUCUCUGCUCAGUUUGAACUUCGGAAUGACCGAAUAUGCGUGGUACCUGUCUUGUAUAUCAAUAUCGGGUUGCAGACUGAUUAUCAAUAUGCAACGGCUUCCGAAUGAUCGCGGCUCCCAGUCGACCAUUCUGGACACAUCCGAACUAGAAUUGACGGAGCUGGCUCACAACGGGGACGCGUACUCCACUCUGCGCGGCGAGCCGGAACUUGUUUAGCCACGAUACCCUGUUGCAAACUGUAGCACUAUCGACUGCGGAGGAAUACACUGUACAUAUACUAUUAUAAUCAUGAUACUUUUAACGUCUGCGCCUUGA